UUAUGGCCGGAGCCAUGGGCGCGAAGGUGAAUGCACACCACCCUGCCUCACCCGGCCUUCGGCGCGCGGCUUCGGCACUUGGCGGAGGUGCAGCCCGAAGACUUCGCAGGCUACGGUGACAGCUGCACACCCUGCGUGCUGCGAGGCCUGGCUCCCGGCUCGAGGCAACAAGCGGAGCGGCUGGUGGCUGGCCUGGACGGGAGGUGCCAAGUGAGCUUCUCCCCCACCUCGUCCCUCUUCAGUUUCGAGAGAGGCGAGGCCGAAUGUCCAAGGUUGGUGAACCCCGGGCGCCUCUCGAUGGAGACCCGUGACUUCCUGCGAGCCGCCGGAGAUGCGGAGGGCCGGGCGUCGGUGGUGAACCUGCCCUACGACGAGGCCUGCGAAGAGGAGGCCUUUACCGUGGCGCUGAAAGAGCUCAAGAGCCUGGCCCUCUACUGCGUGGAGGAUGCCGCGAGGUUUUUCCCGGACCUCUGCCAGGUCGGUUUGGAGCGCCUGCCGCUUUUGGCGCCCCACUGGCAGCCGCUUCUGCGGGAGCAGCGGCUCUGGAUGAGUAGCGGGGGCGCGGAGGGCGCUGCUGCAGUCGCCGCCGGCUUCCACUGGGACCACUUGCAGAACAUCCAUGUGGUGUUGAGCGGCAAGAAAGAGGUAUUCUUGAUUCCUCCGCUGCUGGCGCCUGCAUUGUCUGCGACCCGAUUUUGCCCACAAGUCCAGUGGCAGAUGUCCUCAGAGGAUGGAAGGAUGAGGCUGGGGAAGCUGGAGAUGAAGCUGGAGGAGUCCUCCUCAGACUAUGCCCUGGUCUCCGUGGAUGCCACUUAUCAGGAGAAUCUGGCGCGACAUCCUAGCAUGGCGUCGGAGCUUAAGGAGCCGCCGCUGUGGGUGGUGCUGCAUCCAGGUGACGCGAUCUACAUCCCACCGGGCUGGUGGCAUUCCGUCCGUACCUGGCGCCCGGAAAACGCCGCGGUACCGUUGGCGCUGAGUGUGAACUUCUGGUACGCCAUGACACCAGAGGUUGCAGCGGCGCAGGGCUCCACGCUGCUCACUUUGGAGAUCCUCUCCCGACAGCGCGCCACGGCGGGAGACCCGGAGGACCACCUUCGUGCAUUUCUGGCCAAGCUAGAUCCUGCGCCCGACGGCUCCUUUGUGCCAGUGGACUGAGCGGCAG